UACUCAAAGUGUAGGGAACGAACGUAAUACGUUGUGACUCCCAUUAAAUAAGAAUACCGAAUAAAACAAAAAAAAAAAACUAUUGCUUAUUACUCUACUGUGAUAAUUCCCCUUUAAAGUAGAAAAAUAAAAUCGUGAAGAAAACAAGUUAAUCCUCAUCAUCACACGGCCAAAAGAUGUCACAGAAUCAAUCAUAUUUUUGGCAAACCACUAGACACAAUGUCUAUUUGAAACGAUCGGCUAAAUGGCACAUGCUGGUGGCAUUGAUGGCUGUUUUGACGUUCUCUACAAUAUGUUUGGCAGAGAUAGAACCAAAAUAUAGCGAUGAAACGGCCCAGUCAAUGGGAAUGCAAACAAAAUCCGCCGUCGACGAUGGCAUCCUGGUUAAAGAUGAACAAUUCGAUGUGGCCAAUGAUUUACCGAAAGCUGAUACCACAAAAGAGACCACAGCAAAUAACGGCUUUUUGGACGCAUUUACUGCGUCCAUCUCUGUAAUUUUAUUUACAGAGUUAGGUGAUAAGACAUUUUUCAUAGCAGCCAUAAUGGCCAUGCGCCAUCCACGCUUAGUGGUCUUUACGGGUGCCAUAACAGCCUUGGCUCUGAUGACCGUUCUCUCGGUGGUGUUUGGCAUGGCUGCUACCAUUAUUCCUAAGAUCUAUACAUAUUACAUUUCAACGGCGUUGUUUGCCAUUUUCGGUUUGAAAAUGAUCUACGAAGGUUAUUUCAUGAAGGCCACCGAUGCUCAAGAGGAACUGGAAGAAGUACAAUCGGAUUUGCGUAAACGUGAAGAUGAGCUCUUCCGCUCGAAACGUGGUGGUGAUAGUGAGACCAAACGCAAGAACAGUAACUCGGAUAAGGAGGAUGCAGAUUUAGAAUGCGGCGCUGGCGCCUCAACUGCUACUCCACCAGCACUGGCCACUGCCAAGAAUCCCGAAAUGCAGCAUCGCCAACGUAAACAACUCUCAUCUGCUCAUAACAACAAUAACAAUCAUGGCUGUGAACUGAACAAGGACAAAGAUGAGGAGGUAGUUGCUGUCUUGGGUGACUCUACCACCAAUAGCGACACGGAUGACUUCCUCACUGGUGAGGAGGCACUUAAAAUGUCAACCUUCCACAGUAGCCCGGCUCUAUCGGCGUCCGCCUUAUCGAAUCAAACGAAUCAAACAAAUUGUGAUGAUGAUACUUCUAGUAAUCAUAAGCUUAGAUAUAAUACAAGUAAUAAUAAUAAUGCCAGCAAUGGUGGCACGCCUUCGAGAAAUCGUAAUCACAACGACUCCAACGGAGGAGUCUUGGUGCAUUCAGCUUCGGCUACUGCUAACUUUAACAAGCAGCGCUCCUUGAAUAAACAAACGAAUGGCAAUGUCUUGACCACCGGCGGCAGUGUCCAUAGCAUCGAUAGUAUAACUAGCUUGGGCCUCAACUCGGCAACUAAUGCAGCUGCUGGUCAGUCCAAUGGCGAGUUGAAACAAGUUGGCGGCAGCAAAAAACGGCUGGAACGUGAUGUUACCUCCACCUUGAUCCAAGAUCCUGAAAGCGGUGUUGUACGUAAAAAUACCAAAAAGGGUGCAGCUUAUUUAACUACACGGGUUUUAAUGCAGGCCUUUACCAUGACCUUUUUAGCCGAAUGGGGUGAUCGUUCCCAAUUGACCACCAUUAUUUUGGCUGCCAGCAAGAAUGCCUAUGGCGUUACUGCUGGCGGUGUUAUUGGUCAUUCCAUUUGUACCGGUUUGGCUGUGGUUGGUGGCCGCAUGGUGGCUGCCAAAAUUUCUGUACGUACUGUUACUAUAGUGGGUGGCAUAGUGUUCCUAGGUUUUGCUCUAUAUGCCUUAAUAGUACGACCCGAUGAUAUUUAAACGUAUAACGAACUAUAUAUUGUCCGUUCUCCCUGUAUUUGACGACCAUUAAAACCCAAAGUGUUUAUUUACCUGCAGCAUUGUAAUCGUUAAAAUUAAGCUAAAACACUGAUACAAUUUAUAUAUUAUAUAUUUUUUUGUUUUUUUUUUUAUUAUUAUUUCAUAAUAGUAUUUUUUGUGUGUAAAAUAAGAAAGAAAAAAAGUAAAUCUAAAAAAAGUUAAAUUAUUUAAAUUGAAGAAAUAACAAAAAAUGUAGUCUCUAAGAAGUACAUAAACAAAUGAAUGUUUUUAUUUAACAAAAAGAA